AUGCCCAAGAUCCGCACCCAGAGGACGAAACCUCCCCCAGAGGGGUACGAGGAUAUCCGUGAUAUUCUUGAGGACUACGAUAAGAAAAUGCGCGAUGCCGAGAACGAGAGCCAUGAGGGCAAGCGGAAAGUGGAGUCUCUCUGGCCCAUCAUGCGUCUGUCUCACGCUCGGUCAAGGUACAUCUACGACCUUUACUACAAGCGCGAGCUCAUCAGCCGCGAGCUGUACGACUGGCUGCUGAAGCAGGGCUAUGCCGAUGCUAACCUGAUCGCGAAGUGGAAGAAGCCUGGAUACGACCGCCUCUGCUGUGUUCGCUGCGUUCAAACGCGAGACAUGAACUACCAGGGUUCCACGUGUAUCUGUCGAGUACCGAAGCCGGAUCUUAAGAAGGGUGUCGUUGUCGAAGCGUUUGGAUUCGAGGUUCACCUCUUCCCUGUCAAGUGCUGCUUGUGA